AGUGUUUGAUGUGUGGUGCAGGAGUGGCGUGGUGGAGAAGAUGAUGAAGGACAGACAUCAAGAGGAAUUCCACAAAACGCAGAGCAACAAUUUGGUGACCUGUCCAAAUGCUUCCUUCACUGAUCUGGCUGAGAUCGUCUCACGGAUUGAGCCAGUCAAACCAGCUCUUGUGGAUGAUGAAUCGGACUAUCACACCGACAAUGAAGAGGAGAUGGCAGAGAGCGCUCUGUCAGACAUUGAGCUUUACAGCCAUUACAGUGAGCACACAGUGGAGGAACUGACCGCAGACACUGUAGGUCUCACAUACACAUGCAGACUUAAAGGGACAUCAUGUCAACCUUGUCUUGCACCAAAACAGUUCUAA